AGAAGAGUUGUAAGACAAUACCAUGUGAUGUGAUGAUAUCACCACCCCACUUCACAAGCCUUACUCCAUCCACCACUCAUUCAAACCAACACAAGAUAUCCUUCUACUACUUGUUUCAAAUAUAAAUAAGCAUAACAUUGGAAGCUAACCAUCAACCCAACUAAUCACACAACCAAAGCUUUCCACUUCCUUUGAAAUCUUCUCUACAUACAUCUUUCAUUCUCAACUCUCUUUUAUCCUUCUAAACAUACAUAGAUAACCAUGGGUUUCCGUGUGCCAAAAGUAGUUCCAGCUAAGAGAUUUCUUCGACGAUCUUUGUCCAAUUCAAACAAAGCAGCUUCAAUGGCAGUAGAUGUCCCUAAAGGCCAUUUAGCAGUUUAUGUUGGAGAGAACGAAAAGAAGCGGUUUGUUGUUCCUGUGUCAUUCUUAAGCCAACCUUUAUUUCAAGAGUUGCUUAUCCAAGCUGAAGAAGAAUAUGGUUAUGAUCAUCCAAUGGGAGGCCUAACGAUUCCCUGCACAGAAGAUGCAUUUAUUAAUAUCAUCUCGAAUCUGAAUGCUUCAUGAGACUCAACAAAAUUAGGCAGAUUCAUUGCAACAUUUUUGUAAAGUGAACAAUAUAGAACAUAUUUUUUUCCACCUUACAUUUUAUUUUCUUUUUCCUUGCGGAGUGAAAUAUGGCUCCCAGAAUGAGAAAUGUAUAGAGGAUGUUAGUAUCCAUAUUGCUAUAUAAUAUUUUUAUUUCUUUCUUUCAAGAA